GUUGUAGUCGCACGGCGUCCGCCGCGUCACUCAAUCGGCCCUUGCGCUCCGACACGCGCGCGACGCCGCCGCUGACGAACACACCGACGACGAUCACGACAAGAGAGUCGUAUCCGCCCGGCGCUUACGGGCCCCCCCGUCGUCGUCGUCGUCGUACACCAUUAUUAUAGACGUGUCUCGCCGAGACGGAAUUUUUUCUUGCAAUUCGCUCUCGCACACACACCUAAACACACACACAAACGACAAAGUAUUAUACGCGCGCGCCAAGUCGCCGCCGUCGACGACGACGCCGUCGCGGGUCCCGCAACCUUUGUAUAUUCAUAUUCUCGGAUGAUUUCAUCUGUGGCUAUGUUACCAUCAAUUUUGGCGGUCGGAAUUUUUCUACAAACGCUCAUCCCAGUUUUGUCCACGGUUAGCUGGGAAGAUUGGUGGACAUACGAUGGUAUAUCAGGACCAGCAUUCUGGGGCCUGAUAAACCCCGAGUGGAGCCUUUGCAACAAGGGUCGACGACAGUCGCCCGUGAACUUGGACCCGGAAAAAUUGCUCUACGAUCCCAACUUGACCGAGCUGCACGUGGAUAGGCAACGGGUGGACGGUAUGAUAUGCAACACCGGUCACAGCGUUAUGUUCUAUCUAGAGAAUGGAACUAAAAAUCACAUAAACAUAACCGGAGGACCGCUGUCGUACAAAUAUCAGGUGUACGAGAUACAUAUACACUACGGUCAGCAAGACGAAAUGGGUUCCGAACACUCGAUCAACGGUUAUUCGUUUCCGGCAGAGCUUCAGAUAUUCAGUUUCAACUCGCAGCUGUUUGCCAACUACUCGGACGCGGUACAGAGAUCGCAUGGAAUCGUCGUACUUUCGUUACUAUUACAGCUUGGAGAUUUAUCAAAUCCAGAAUUACGGAUACUCACCGAUCAUUUGGACAUGAUCAAAUAUAGUGGUGACGAAGUUCCUGUGAAACGAUUGUCAGUCGCCGAUCUGUUGCCCGCCACCCAUUACUACAUGACGUAUGACGGCUCUACCACGGUCCCCGCGUGUCACGAAACCGUUACCUGGUUAAUACUAAACAAACCAAUCUACAUCACUAAACAGCAAUUGUACAGUUUGCGGGGCCUGAUGCAGGGCAGCAAGAAGAACCAAGGUAUAGCGCCGCUGGGCAACAAUUUCCGACCACCUCAACCGCUGCACAAUCGGCUGGUGCGCACCAAUAUCGAUUUCAACCUGAGAAAGGACGAUGAGAAAUACUGCCCGAGCAUGCACAAAGACGUAUACUACAAGGCCAACGACUGGAAACCGCACUAAUAACGUAUCUACCUACGCAUAAACAACACGCGGCGGUGGCUGCCGCCGUCGUCGUCGUCACUCAUCCGUCUAAACAACAACAAAUGCACCGUCGUCGAGCGACCAGGACGAUGACGGCGACGACGACAUUCCAGUAUACAUCGCAUGUUAUGAUAUUAUUAUUAUGAUAUUAAUAUUGUGUAAAAUAAAUUAUUUAAUUAAGUAUAAAAAUAACUGAGAAAAAAAAUGGCAAGCCAAAAAACUACAAAAAAAAAACCGACUCUAAGAUUCUCAGAAGUCUCUCUCUUUCCUUCCUCCCCCCCCCCCCACUCUCUAACACUAUUUUCCCUCUAUUCCUAUUUUCCUCUUUAUCGCCAAGUCUCUCUCUUUCUUUCCUCUUAUUUCUAUUUUUUCUCUAUAGGUACCUCUAUCUCUCUCUCCGACUGUCUGAACUGAUUAAUUUUAGGCUCGAUCUCGCGCCCCUCAUUCCAACCUCUACGCACGAUGUAAUAAUAAUAAUAUUAUCCGUUCCGCCUUCAGUCUGUUUAGACGACAGUCGUAAUAGUAACUAAUAACAAUCAUAUACUCGAAAUGUAUAACGUCUUAUAUAUAUUUUUAAGGGAAAAAAAACCCACGCCGCUUUGCUCGAAAAUCGGUACUAUCUAUACCUACGAACAUUCAUCCGUAUUCUACCGGAUCGUGAGAGAAGACGAGACGAGGACCUAAGGGUCGGUUUUUUUGUGUUUUUCUUACAUUUUUUUUCUUCAGGGAUAAUAGUUUUAUUAAUAAUAUAUAUAAUAUAUAUACAUGUCUUCGGCUCGAUAUCGGGAGGUUCUCGGAAACAGAAUCUUUCGCAAUACGCGCGUUCCAAUAAUAUAACAGUAAUAUUACUACUGUUAUAAGGGAGUAAAACGAACGCACACGAAAACCCUCGAACGAAACAAUAAUAUACGUGUAGUGCAGCCAAUAAAAUAUAUAUAGUUGUACCUAUACUCCUCACCUACCCACUAACCCACCUACCCACCGACCUUGCCUACCUGCCUGCUCUACGAACGCCACCGACGACGACGACGACGACAACGACGACUUACGUAUAAAAAACGCUCUUGGUUUUUCCGGGCGUUUUAUAGAUUUUGCAUUAGGGCACGUUGUGUUUAUGGCACAUGAAAAUAUGUUUUUCCGUAUCGUAAUAUCGUACCGAAAUGUGUACUCGUCAUUACGCGGGAAUAUAAUAAUAUGCUCGCUCGAAUCGUAUUCCCUUACAGUAAUCUCAGACGUCAGCACAUAAUAAUAAUAAUACGCAAAUUGCGCGUCGAUUUUUUUGUUUUUUAAAUAAUUUUUUUUUAUUGUUAUUAUUAUUCCGCGAACGGCGCCGCACAAUAUUUCGUAUUUAACGCGGGUGUUUACAGCGUGUCGGGCGUGAGUUGAACGAUUUAAUUAUUUUUUCCUUCACAUUUAUCAUAAUCUAUAACAAUAAUAAUAAUAUAAUAUUAUAUUGGUAGACGGGUUUAUUUUUUCAUAAAAUAAAUUAUAUCGAACGAUUUUUUUUUUUGAAAAAUCACGUUAAUCAUAAUAAAUUCCACGUGAACCAAAACUUAACAUGAAAUUAUUAUUAUUUUAAUAAAAUUAUAUAAUACUAUGUAAUAUAAAAUUAUACCAUUACAAUAUCGUAUAAGUAUAGGUAGGUACCUAUUUAGGUGAUAUUAAUAGUAAUAACCUCACAUUCAUUAUAAUAACACUAUAUUUAUAAUAGCUGUUGUUUUCGAUGUAGGUGCCUAACUGUAUAUUGGAUAAAAACAAUAAAAUAAAUUACUAAAACAACUUUCCUGUUGAGUCUAUACUACAGACUUGGACUUCUAUAAUAUUAUACUCAUCUAUGGAGUUUUACGAGACUUUAGAGCCUGUUGAUAUCGAGCUGAUUUUGCACUGCGUUUAAAAAAAACAUAAUCAUCUCGUACAUAUACGCGAAUACAUUACACAUAUCUCCAUGAUUGUAAUAAUUUAUAUACUCAUAUUAUGUAAACAGUUAUUUCAGAGCACUCUUAAUUUUGACUGAAAUUCAAUUAAAACGUACUAUUAUUUUGCUAGCGACUUGAUUUUAUUGUAAUAUUAUUGUAAUAAUACAUAAAUUCAUACAUAAUAUACAUUAUACAUUAUUAUACAUUAUGCAUAUUAUUAUUAUAUGGAUGUCUGUAGUGUGUCAAGGUUCCUACAAUACGUUGUUAUCAUUAUUAGUGUAUUAAUAAACCUUUGACUAAGUGUUUUUGA